AUGCAACAAAUAUUGACACUAUUCAGCAGAAAAUCGACCACCUUAAAAGUAUCGGCGCAUGCUGGAAAUGUUUCAACACACGACACAAAACAAUAUCCUGCAACAGACCAGACUGCCCUCAUUGUGGCGGCCAUCACAAUCCUAUCAUAUGCCUACGUAAAUCGCCGACAACAAGAACAACCCAACCGAUUCAAACCUCCCGCAAACGCUUCAAGCGAAAGACCCACUUACAUUAACUCGAUUGAUUCUGAUCAGUCCUUUAUAUCAUUACCCUUAGCAGAACAUCCACAACUCAUAUAUACCAUCGCACAUUACGACUUCGAAACCACCAUCAUUGUCAACACAUUUGGUGGCCACGCAGAAAGGAAACAUGUAACAUGCGUCGAAACACUCUUAGUUGAUUCUCAGGAACAAUCGAUAAAAACUUACAAGCAGAAGAUAAAGCCUUCCUGGAAGACAAAUUUCUCCAACAAUCAACGAGAUAACGGCUCCAAGACCAACAGUAGAAUGAUUUCCGGAACGACAACCACAGAGCGACACAGAACCUCAACACUUCUACGACCACAUUAUCCGCACAUAUACCACCCGCAGUGUUCGUAUGAACACUCUGAUCUAGACUAUUCAGACCUAUGGAAACUUCCAGGCGUAGGCAUUGAUGAACUCCAGACAAAUGAAGAGCUUAAUAGACAAAUAAUUGCAAAUUUCUACUCCACCGUUCAAAAUAGAAACGGAAAAAUCUACAUACAAUUUCCUUGGAAAACAAACAAACAUCAACUAGCCGACAAUUACAACUUAGCACUAAGUCGACUGCACCAACUAUACAAAAUGAAAGUCAAAAACCCCAAA